AUGGAGAGCGACGGCAAGAAAAAUCAAAAUAUUUGCAGGUGUCUCUUCGAUGAUUACGAAUGGAUGAGGGAGAACUCACAACCAUUGCACACUACAACACUGCCAUCCCAAUGUACACUCGAAUCACUGCGUUCAUGGUUUGUUCGCGAUUUGUCAUUAAUGAUGGAAUGGGGCAAAUGUUUACCCAUCAUGGAUCGGUUACUUCUUAACGAUAAGCUGGCGUUGAUGAAGGCGUUCGCUCCUAUAUUCCCGUUGCUUCAAUUAGCAUACUAUACAACAUCACCGGAAGAUAAUGACAUAGUAAUAAAGCAAGAGGGCCCAGACUGGGAGGCAAGUAACAAUAUUGACGCGCUGUAA